AUGCAAGAGCUCAACAGGAGAAGGAUCAAAGUUGUUGAAGACAAAGGAGAAGUUAGCUUCAAGACUGCCAUGAAAGCAGAUUUGGUCAUCGCAGGAUCAGCUGUGUGUACCUCAUGGAUAGAUCAAUACAUGAAUCAUCAUCCAGCUGGUGGAAGUCAGAUAGCUUGGUGGAUAAUGGAGAAUCGAAGAGAAUACUUUGAUAGAGCGAAACCAGUGCUUGACCGAGUGAAAAUGCUUAUCUUUCUAUCUGAAUCACAGAGCAAACAGUGGUUAACAUGGUGCGAGGAGGAGAGUAUAAAGCUAAGAUCACAACCAGUGAUUGUUCCACUCUCUGUUAACGACGAGUUAGCUUUCGUAGCUGGGAUUCCUUCCUCGCUCAACACACCAACACUCACUCCAGAGAAAAUGAAGGAGAAGAGACAAACGCUACGCGAAUCAGUCAGAGCAGAGUUAGGUUUAACAGACGCAGAUAUGCUUGUCAUGUCUCUCAGCAGCAUAAACCCACCAAAGGGACAACUUCAUCUCCUUGAAUCUGUUGCCUUGGCACUCGCUGAGAGAGAACAAGAAGGUCAGAGGAGUCUCAAAGGCGUCACUAAGAAAGAAAAAGUCAGUCUCUUAAGCAAACAUCGUCUAAGAGGCUCUGCUCGGCAGAUGCAAAGUGUUUCUCACACACUUGACAAUGGCGUAAUUAAGGAGAAGCAAGAGCUCAAAGUUCUUUUGGGAUCAGUUGGUUCAAAGAGCAACAAAGUUGGAUACGUCAAAGAGAUGCUAAGCUUCUUAUCAAGCAAUAGAAACUUAUCCAAGUCGGUUAUUUGGACUCCAGCAACAACUCGUGUUGCUUCGUUAUACUCUGCAGCUGAUGUCUACGUUACAAACUCUCAGGGCGUUGGAGAAACAUUUGGGAGAGUAACAAUAGAAGCAAUGGCGUAUGGACUUGCAGUGGUGGGAACAGAUGCAGGAGGAACGAAAGAGAUGGUGCGACACAACGUGACCGGUCUGCUUCACUCAAUGGGAAGAUCAGGGAACAAAGAGCUGGCUCGUAAUCUCUUGUUUCUACUUAGAAAUCCAGACAAAAGGCUACAGUUUGGUGUCCAAGGACGUAAAAAAGUUGAGGAAAUGUACAUGAAGCAACAUAUGUACAAGCGAUUCGUUGACGUUCUUGUCAAAUAUUUUUAUGUUUUUCCGGUUAAUGGAGAAGCUGAUCAAGUGAAUCACAGUGGAAAAGGAGGUCGUGUGCCUUAUAUAUGGAUUGUUGGUGGUCUUGGAGUUGUGCUUGCGCUUCUUGUCAUGUGUAUACUUGUAUGUAUCUGUAUGAGAUCAUCUAGUUGUAGUAGCUCCAGUGAUGAAGAUGGUGGUGGUGGACACAACUUCCAAAUUCUUAGGAAGUCCGGUUUCUUCUGCGGUUCUGGUCGGUAUAACUGCUGCAGAUCAGGGGAUAUCAGACAAACCAACGGUGAAACUCAGAGCCAUCACCAAGUUGUUUCUAUUCCUAAAGCUCUUGGCGAUGGAAUGUUUGAGAUAGAGAAGCCUGUGGUGUUUACUUAUGACGAAAUCCGUGCGGCUACGGAUGAGUUCUCUGAUUCUAAUCUUCUUGGUCAUGGAAAUUACGGUUCAGUGUACUUUGGUCUACUCAGAGAACAGGAAGUUGCUGUGAAAAGGAUGACUGCUACAAAGACUAAAGAGUUUGCAGCAGAGAUGAAAGUUCUUUGCAAAGUUCAUCAUUCAAAUCUGGUAGAGUUGAUUGGUUAUGCUGCAACCGUUGACGAGCUUUUCGUAGUGUAUGAGUAUGUCCAAAAGGGAAUGCUGAAAAACCAUUUGCAUGAGCCUCAGAGCAAAGGCAAUACACCACUGUCUUGGAUAAUGAGGAAUCAGAUUGCACUUGACGCAGCGAGAGGCUUGGAAUAUAUACAUGAACAUACUAAAACUCAUUAUGUUCACAGAGACAUCAAGACUAGCAAUAUCUUGCUCGAUGAGGCAUUCAGGGCUAAGAUAUCGGAUUUUGGACUUGCGAAACUCGUUGAGAAAACUGGAGAUGGAGAAAUCUCUGUUACUAAAGUUGUUGGUACAUAUGGUUAUCUUGCACCAGAAUAUCUUAGUGACGGUCUUGCUACUCCGAAAAGCGAUGUUUAUCGUUUGGUGUUGUUCUGUUUGAGAUCAUCUCUGGAAGAGAAGCUGUUAUAA